AAAAGAAGAACAUCGUCUACAUUCUCACCAUCAUACCACUGACAGCAUCAUGAAGACUCUCUGUUUUACUCUGGGGCUGCUGCUGCUCAUCGCCUGUUCUUUUGCCGCCAUACGUGAGUGAUCUCUGUUUAUGCCUCGUCUUCCUCACUGUUUGCUCACUGACAUGCUUGUACUAACUCUUCUUUUACUUUCCUCACAGCUGAAGCUGUACUCAGCACAGCGCCAGGACAGUGCUGCUUCAAGUUUAGUGAUCGGAAUAUUCCAAAAAGACUUGUGAUGAGCAUAAUCAAGACCCACAGCUCCUGUGAAAACAAGGCUUUUAUGUAAGUUUGGGAUCUAUUAUUAUGUCUUAAAAUACUUAACAAAAUGAUCAAGAGAUGGAGAAUAGCCUGUGAUUGCUAGAAAACAUGCAUUUAAUAAAUCAACAUGAACCAGCAAUAAACUUGAUCACCGUGGUAUGACAGUGUUGUGAUAAAAGUUUCACUUGCUCUUAUGCCAUAGUCUUUGCAAAAACUGAUUUUGUAUUUAGUUUAGAUUGCUGGCACUCAACUGAUUCACUCUUGCGUACCAUCAAAACCAGUGAUCUCCAACUCAAGUGUUGAUUCAAAUUUCUCCUCUUUGCUUUGCAGAGUUCAGAUUGAGGGAAAGCAAAUCUGCUUCAAACAGACUUCAAAGUGGGCUAAUCACGUCUACAAGCUGCACCACACCACUGAAGGCAGCAGCCAGUAGCCACUGAAAAGGUUUUCAACAUUGUCGUUAAUCAAUGCCCAGUUUUGCAGGCUCAAAGUGGAAACUUUUUUUCUUGAUGUGAACCAAAAUAUUGUAUUUACAUAAAACUCUUAACUGAAAUAGCUGCAAUGCUGACUAUGUG